AUGGGGAUAUUCAAACUCCCUAAAGCAAUUCUUAGAAAACUCAAUCAGCUCCUACAAUCCUUCUGGUGGGGUCAAAGCAACCACAGGUCCAAAAUACAUUGGCUGAGCUGGCAGAAACUAGGGAAAUCCAAGCAGAAAGGGGGUUUGGGAUUUAGGGACUUUGAACAUUUUAAUUUAGCUUUACUGGCGAAACAAGGUUGGAGGAUCAUACAGAACCCUCAUUCCCUUGUAGCUCAGUUAUCAAAUCUUAUCCAAUCAGAACUGAGUUCUAUUAAAUUGUGGAUUGAGAAUGGUACUCAACAGAAAGUAACCCAAGCUGCUAGAGUUAAUAGAUGGAUUGCUCCACCAUUAGAUAUGUUCAAAGCCAACUGGGAUGCUGCCAUUGAUAAAAUCAAUUCAAGGGUGGGGAUUGGUGUAAUUGUUAGGAACUCAGAAGGAGCUGUUAUGGCAUCCUUAUGUUCUUCGAUGGACCUGUUCCCGGAUCCACUUCUUGGUGAGGCCAUAGCAACUCGAAGAGACUCUUCCUUCUGUGUAGAUCUGGGUUUUCAGCAUGUCAUACUCGAAGGUGACUCCUUGCUGGUGGUAAAGGCAAUCCAAAUCAAGGAAGAUAGUUGGAGUGAUUCUGGCCUUGUCGUUAGAGAUAUUAAGAUUUUGCUUUCUAAGUUCCUCUCUUGGUCUGUCUUACACGUCCAUAAGGAAGUUAAUGUAAUUGCACAUCACUUGGCAAAAAUUGCUCUUAGUUGCCAAGAGGAUUGCAUAAUGAUUGAGGACUGUCCCCCUUGUAUCAAGCAACUACUAUGA